GCUCACUUCUUACUAAACAAUUAUAAAAUACACAAAUGGAUAACUCAUCGACUGAUCUAAACAGAGCAAUCGAAGGGUUAAUUCGUGGUCGAGAAUUUACUCGACGACUAAAAGAGAUGAUCAAGAAACCUCUUGUUGUUGGUGGUGAAGUUGCAAACAUUAUGGCUGAGGAAUUAGUUGCCAAAAUUAUGGAAUCAUUUUCUGAGACUCUCUCCGUUAUAAACAAUUCCGAUGUCAUCAUCACUACGCCGGUUGAGGUCAAGUCGCCGGAAGAUUAUUCUAGUGGAAGUUGCAAGAGUUCAGAUCGAAGAGGAUGCUACAAGAGAAGGAAAACUUCAGAAUCAAACAUAAAGGAAUCCUCAGAUUUGGUGGAUGAUGGUCAUGCUUGGAGAAAAUAUGGACAAAAACAGAUCCUUAAUUCCACUUAUCCAAGGCACUACUUUAGGUGCACACAUAAAUAUGAUCAGAAAUGUCAAGCAAGCAAACAAGUACAAAAAAUCCAAGACAAUCCACAACGAUUUAGAACAACAUACUAUGGACAUCACACUUGCAAAGCUUUUCCUAGAGUUUCACAAAUAAUAUUGGAUUCUCCAAUGGAUGGAAAUUCUAAUUAUAUUAGUUUUGAUCAAAAUCAUACAUUUCCAUCAAUAAAACAGGAAACCAAAGAGGAAGUAGUUUUCGGCUUCUAUCCUAAAAUUGAAGAUCAAAUUCAAUCAUCAAGCUCUGAUUAUUUUCUUCCCAAUGAUCAUGAUCAUGAUCAUGAUCAUGAUCAUCUCACUCCGGCAACAUUUGAAGCCUCCGGUAGCCGUAUGACGUCGCCCGAUGUUAUGUCAUCUGGGGUUUACUCUUCUUGUACUACUACUAGCAAUGAUAAUCUUGAGAUAGAUAUAGAUUUUGAGGAGGUUCUUUGGAAUUUUGAUCAAGUGUAGCUAUAGCUUGAUAGAGAUGGUGUACAAAUUUUGUAUUAUCUUGACUUAGACUUUGCAUUAAAGCAUUAUUAGGUUUUAUAUGGAAGUAUAAAUUUGACUUCCACAUUUUA